AGCUACCAGCCUCCGGCGAGCAGCUACCAGCCGCCAGCAGCCGGCUCAGGUGCACGAUCAGGAACAGGAAAUAAAAAUGCCCUCUACCCGAGCAUCUCCAUCUAUAAAUCGAACACCUCAGGUGGCGCACCACCUGCGGGGGCAACCAGUGGACAGCUGGUUGUCACGGCGACCCACCCUUACGCGGGGCAGCAGCAGGGCGACCUGAGCUUCGUCCCCGGCGACCGAAUCACCGUCAUCACCAAGACAGAGUCCCAGUACGACUGGUGGGAGGGGCAGCUGGACGAUGGGCGGGUCGGGAUCUUCCCCGCCAACUUUGUCACGUUCUGAUACUCACCUGGUGGUGUGUGGAGGUACUGCAGCUAAUUCACCACGGGAAAAGGAGGUCAAGGGACAGGUUUGGGGUUUUGCUUUAUUUUAGAGUUUAGAGAUUAUAAAGAUUAUAAAGAUUAAAAAGAUUAUAAAGAUUAUAAAGAUUAUAAAGAUUAUAAAGAUUAUGCACAUUUUGUGUAAACAGAAUCUUUUGGGGUUUUUCACACAAACACGUUUUUGUUUGAGUCUCGAUGAAUUCAAAUGAAUUGAUAAUGAAAAUAAUCACGUGUAGCUGCAGCACUUUAGUUUACAGGUUUGUAAUUUACGAAGAUUUUUAAAGAAAUGAAAAAUGUUGUAAACGUCAGUGUGACAUCUAUUCCUCCAUAUUUUAAUGAGCAGACACAUGAUUCCACGUCUCUGCUGGUUCCUCUUCCACUAACGUUCCUCAAUGUUCUACCUGCUUUUAAUUAACACUUUCAAAUUUCAAUUUUCUUUAAGUGUGAGUAUUGAAAUAAUAAGAAACUAAUGACAUCACAUUUUCCUUUUCAUGAGAUUUUGAAAAUUAACAGAACAAGGAAACUUCGGUGUGAACAGUGUUUUCCUUUAUUUGAUCUUCUUCUUGCAUUUUGAAUCAACUGAUCUGUGAAUUCAGCAGCAGAAGAGUUGAAUGAUCAACAAUUUAAAGCAAAAACAAAGAAACGGGUCACUGCUGCUGGUUUUUGGUCUUUGUCAUCGUUAGUAACUUAUCUAACAAACUUUCCCUUCAAAAUAAAAACAUGAAUACAACCAAAAUAAAAGCACUUUUCAGACGAGAUGAAGGAGAAUUUUAUUUGAGUAUUUAAAUCUUCUGUGGUCUGUUACUGUCUCCACCUUUAAAAUCUCUUCACAGCUCUAAAGGGGACGUGGGUGGUGCUAAUGUUCUUUAUCCUGUGUUCAAGGUCAAUAUAUAAUGGUUUUCACUUUAUCUUGAUUAAAAUAAUAAUAAUGAUGUUUGUGUUCAGGCUGUUUGAAGAUUAGAAAUAAAUCUGUCAUUUGCAUCAA